UUAGUUUUGAUUAUUUUCCUUAAAUAUAAUUACAGAUAAAUAGGUACGGCUUUUCCCGCUCCAAUUCCCAUUCGUAAUUGUUUUUCGUAAAUUUUAAUUGGAAAUUACUGUAGUUUAAUUCAAUUAUAGUUGAAAUCGUGUGAUGUGUUUCAUAUUGGCGGGUAGUUAAGAAAGUCUAUUAAUUAAUUAUUUUUGAAGCGAUUGAAUCGUUGUUUGCCCUAUUCCAACUUCCAACAUGAUAGACCUUUUUAUGCCGUUUCGCUCUUUUCUAAAAUUUGAAAAUGUUUGUACGGAUAAUAAUAUAUUUCGAAUGCAUUACAAGUUGACUGUAAUAGUACUAUUGGUGUUCACAUUACUGGUCACUUCGAAGCAAUUUUUCGGUGAACCUAUUCACUGCAUGGGAGACAACAAAGACAUUGAUAAAGACGCUAUCAACAGCUACUGCUGGAUAUACGGAACGUAUACUCUGAAAAGUAAACUUGUUGGUGUGGAAGGAAAAAAUAUGGCUUAUUUAGGCGUCGGCCCAAGUAACAUCAUUGAUGAGCCAAUAAAACAUACAUAUUACCAGUGGGUCUGCUUUGUGCUGUUAGGCCAAGCUGCUAUGUUUUACGCUCCACGUUAUCUCUGGAAGAUGUGGGAAGGUGGUAGACUGAAGGCAUUAGCAUCUGAUUUAGCUAGUCCAAUUGUUACCAAAGACUGGACAGAGUAUAGACGUGGCGAACUUAUUUCAUAUUUAAGUUACACCAAUUUAUACACGCACAAUAUGUAUGCUUUGCGUUAUGCAUUCUGUGAGAUACUUAAUCUUCUUAAUGUGGUUGGCCAAAUAUUUCUACUGGAUUUGUUCUUGGGAGGAGCAUUCAGAAACUAUGGUGCAGCAGUUGCAGCAUUUACACACAUUCCUAAAGUUCCAUCAAAUUUUAAGGAUUUCUCCUCCAUUAACCCUAUGGAUCAAUUUUUCCCAAAGCUUACAAAAUGUUGGUUUAGAAGUUAUGGACCAUCAGGGACUUUGCAACUGAAAGAUCGGCUUUGUGUGUUACCAUUGAAUAUUGUUAAUGAAAAAAUUUUUGUUAUUCUAUGGUUCUGGCUCAUAUUUCUCACAUUAUUGUCUGCAGCUGCAGUUUUAUUUCGCAUUUUAGUUUUUACACUACCUGCUCUUCGUACUUCUAUGAUCAUGGGCCAACUCAGAUAUGUAAAAAGGCGUGUUGUUGCAAAGAUUGUAAAAAACUUUGGAUUUGGUGAUUGGUUUAUUCUCUACUUGCUGGGCAAGAAUAUGAAUCCUAUUAUAUAUAAAGACUUAAUUUUAGAACUCUCUAAAGAAGUAGGAAACAAACCUGUUACAGUAUAAUUAUAGUUUUUUUUUUUUUCAAAAAUAUAUUUCUAUAAGUUCUAAUAAAAAUAUCAACAAAGUUACGAUUAAAGAAGUAUUUUGUUAUCUUUAUUUUAUAAAAAUUCUAUCUUUUAAAUUACAAAUGUUCUACUUAUGUAGAUAAUUAU